UUCCUCGUGAAUCGUGGUCCUCUCCCAGUCUUUCUCUCACAUCACGACAUCCAAAUGCUCCCAAAACCCACAAAAGCCUGCUCGCUUUCCCGCUCCAAUGAUCAAAACUUUACCCAUUUAAUUAUUACAUUUCACCUAAUUUCAGAAUACAAUAACUUGUUCCCAAUAUUAUAUAUUGAAGUUCAAAAUCCAAGUUUUCCUUGAUCUCUCCAAACCAACCGCUUGUCUUUGACGACUCUUUUAUCUUCUACUUCUACCUAUUUCAAGAAAACGAAUACUUUACAAAUCCCACGAUAUUUGUGUUUGAAAUAUACAGAAAAUGAAAUGCUUUCAUUUCACUAAUGGCGAGAGAAGGCCCAAUGAGGAAGAAGUCCAAGACGGCUCCGUUUCACGUGCGUCAUCGAAGGUUUCCUGGGUCCGGUCACUGAGUAUUGCGUCCAGUAACGUUGAUACACGGCGGUCGGCUUUUGAUUCGGAGUCGAGGAGGGACUGGACCGACUCGUUUGGGUUCCAUGAGUUCUUGACUCAGCGCCGGGCCAAUGAUCUGCGGGUUUUUACUUUUCCCGAGCUGAAAUCAGCUACCAGAGGGUUUACCCGGACCCUCAUGAUCGGCGAAGGCGGGUUCGGGUGCGUGUAUCGGGGCAUUCUUAAAGUAUCGGAUUCAGAGUCGGGUUCUGAAUCGGAGAUGGAUGUUGCUGUCAAGCAGUUGAAUCGCAGUGGAUUCCAGGGGCACAAAGAGUGGAUUAAUGAAGUGAAUUUUUUGGGUGUGGUUAAGCACCCAAAUCUUGUUAAGCUAGUGGGAUAUUGUGCAGAAGAUGACGAAAGGGGAAUCCAACGGCUGUUGGUGUACGAGCUAAUGCAUAAUAAAAGUUUGGAGGACCAUUUAUUGACCCGAUCAGCAUCUCCUCUUCCAUGGCUGUUGAGACUAAAGAUUGCUCAAGAUGCAGCUCGGGGUUUAGCUUACCUUCACGAAGAAAUGGAAUUUCAGCUAAUAUUUAGAGACUUCAAAACUUCGAACAUCCUCUUGGAUGAAGACUUCAAUGCAAAACUUUCGGACUUUGGAUUGGCUAGACAGGGUCCAACGGCUGGAUUUGGUCAUGUUUCAACAUCAGUUGUUGGCACAGUGGGUUAUGCGGCCCCUGAAUAUGUCCACACCGGCAGGCUCACUGCCAAAAGCGAUGUAUGGAGCUUUGGGGUAGUUCUCUAUGAACUCAUUACUGGUAGACGAGUGCUCGAGAGAAAUUUGCCGCGAGGCGAGCAGAAACUCCUGGAAUGGGUAAGGCCAUAUGUUUCGGACCCUAAAAAAUUCCACAUGAUUUUAGACCCGAGACUUGAAGAACAGACCAACAUGAAAUCUGCUCUAAAACUUGCAUCCCUUGCGAACAAAUGCCUCAUGAAGCAUCCUAAAUCACGACCAAAAAUGAGUGAGGUAGUCGAGAUGCUUGAGAGCAUCAUCGAUGCCUCAUCACCUCAAGAUGAAUGUGUACCUGAAACUGUCAAAGAAGCUGAAAACAUGAAGGAAGAAACUGAGGAAUCAGAACCGGGAAAACAGGAGAAUAACCAAAAAAAGGGUUUUGAUUUCAGAGAGAUGGUCUUGAGAAACAGAUCAAUUGGGAAGUUAGAUUGGAGAAACUGGACUCCGGGUUUGGUCGACACAACAAAGGAAGAGAGCGAUGUGCAUUGGUGGCAGUGAGAGCUGUUGGAGAUGCAUGGUGGUGAAAGGAGGUAUUACAGCAGCUGUGGGAGCGGUUUGGUGGUUUGUUUAUGAGGCGAUUUGGAGUUUUAGGUGUCGGUCAUCUCCCUGCUUCCUGCGAGCAUUAGCGACACCACACUGUAGUGUGUGGGUUUUGUGGUGUGUGCUAUGGUGGUGGUGUAGUGAUGCUAAUGGUGGUGAUGAAGGUUGUUGGGGGUGGUGUUGGUGUUGGUGUUGGUGUUGGUGC